CUCCACCUUCCCCUUCCCCCCCUCUCUCGCCGCUCGGGGGCGCUCCGCAAGCAUGUCCGACGCCCAUCCCUCCUCCUCGCGCCUCUCCGACGCCCUCUCCUCGUCGGCCUCCUAUCUCAACUCGCUCGCCGCCUACUCGCCCGCGCUGCCCGCGCUGCCCUCGCUGCCCUCGUCUGCCGACUCGACGCGGCACCUGCUCGACGUUGCGCCGCACCUGCUGCGCCCGCGCCUUGUAUCCGCCAUCGCCGCGCUGCCGGCGCCCGGCGACCAGCGCAGCAGCGCCAUCACCGGCUGGGGCGGCCUGCCGCUGGCGCUCAGCCGCCCCAUCUCCCUCGCCCACCCGGCACGCAGCCUGGCGCGCUUCGGCGCCGCAAUCACAAGCGGCGGCGGCCUCUCGGCGGCCGAGCUGCGCGCGCGCGAAGAGAGCGCCGCCAUUCUGCGCGAUGCAGAACUGGCCGCCGCCGCCGCCGCCGCCGCCGCCGCCGCUGCUGCUGCUGGCACGACUGCAGGCGCGGCGAGCAAGGAGGCGAAACGCCUGCAGACGACGACGAACACCACGCAGGAGGAGGAGCAUUCGUCGGAGGAAGAGGCCAUCUCGUUGCUGCGCGGCUACGAGGCCACCCGUCCCGGCUCCCUCACGGGGCGCGCGCGCCGCAGAGAGGCGCGCGGCCUCGCCGUCGCCGCGCCGCGCCUGGGCCUGCGGCGCAUGGGCGAGCAGGCCAGGGGACUGCUCGCGGCCGAGGAGGAGCUGGAGGGAGCACAAGGCAAGGAGGUGGGCAGGAAGACGUCGGGCAAGAUGAGGACAAGGGCGCUCAAGGAGGCUAAACUGUCAGAAGAGGAGCUCAGGCAACAGAAAGAGGAGGUGGGCAGAGAGAAGCUGGACAUUGGUGUUCGCCGCGUGAGUCGGGCGGUGCCCUCUCUCUCUCUCAUAUCCUCCUCUCUCUCCCGCGCGCCCGCCUCUUGUUUCCCCUGCCGCGCUCGGCGCUGCGAGCUGACGCCGGCGCCUCUCACACAAACAGGCACUGCUGCGCAAGGAAAUCGCCGUCAUCGACACGAAGCUCUCCUCGCUGCAGCUGGUGCGGCAGUCGUUGGAGGCGGCGCUGCUGGCGCUGCAGGAGCAAGAGCUGGAGCUCAACGACGAAGGCGCGGGCAUCAGUGAGCUGCUCAGCCUGCAGGCGCACCGCAAAGGCAUGCCCGGCGCCACAGGCUCGGGCGCGAGCAGCAGCGCGACGGCGGCAGGAGAGAGGAAGGGAGGCAGCUCGAGGAGGAG